CCCCGCGCCCGCGCUUCGCUUCCCCUCCCCCCGCUGCACGCUGCGUAGCUGCUCGUUGGCUACUUAGGACGAAAGCUCGGUUGGUGUUUCUCCAGAAGUUUCCCUCUUGGGCGGCGGCAGAGCUAGUAACCUCGGAAGGAGCAGCUCCAGCAGCGGUAGCAGUGACUAUUAGGGAUGGCGGCGGCUGCAGCGGGACCUGCGACAGCCCAGAGGUUUUUCCGGAGCUUCUCAGAUGCUCUGAUCGACGAGGACCCCCAGGCGGCGUUAGAGGAGCUGACUAAGGCUUUGGAACAGAAACCAGAUGAUGCGCAGUAUUACUGUCAAAGAGCUUAUUGUCACAUUCUUCUUGGGAAUUACCCUGAUGCUGUUGCUGAUGCAAAGAAAUCUCUUGAACUUAAUCCAAAUAGUUCCACUGCUAUGCUGAGAAAGGGGAUAUGUGAAUACCAUGAAAAAAACUAUGCUGUUGCUCUAGAAACUUUUACAGAAGGACAGAAAUUAGAUGGUGCAGAUGCUGAUUUCGUUGUCUGGAUUAAAAGGUGUCAGGAAGCUCAGGAAGGAUCACAGUCCGAAGUGUCUUCUUCCCAGAGGACACAUCAGUCAAAAAUCAAGUAUGACUGGUAUCAAACAGAAUCUCAAGUAAUCAUUACACUUAUGAUCAAGAAUGUUCAGAAGAAUGAUGUAAAUGUGGAAUUUUCAGAAAAAGAGUUGUCUGCUGUGGUGAAACUUCCUUCUGGAGAGGAUUACAAUCUGAAGCUGACACUUCUUCAUCCUGUAAUACCGGAACAGAGCACAUUUAAAGUGCUUUCAACAAAGAUUGAAAUUAAAAUGAAAAAGCCAGAGGCUGUGAGAUGGGAAAAGCUAGAGGGGCAAGGAGAUGUGCCUCACCCAAAACAGUUCAUAGCAGAUGUAAAGAAUCUAUAUCCAUCAUCAUCUCAUUAUACAAGAAAUUGGGAUAAACUGGUUGGUGAGAUCAAAGAAGAAGAAAAGAAUGAGAAGUUGGAGGGAGAUGCAGCUUUAAACAAAUUAUUUCAGCAGAUCUAUUCAGAUGGUUCUGAUGAAGUGAAACGUGCCAUGAACAAAUCAUUUAUGGAGUCUGGUGGUACAGUUUUGAGUACCAACUGGUCUGAUGUAGGUAAAAGGAAAGUUGAAAUCAAUCCUCCUGAUGAUAUGGAAUGGAAAAAGUACUAAAUAAAUUAAUUUGCUAUCACGUAUUGCAUAUA